AUGGCUCAUUGCACCGCCCGAGUCAUCUGUGGGGAGGGGGAAAUUGCGGGCAUGGAGUUCGGUACGGGCUCGAUCUGAUUCGCCCUCACCCCGUAGGGCUGAUUACCUGAUGUGCACCGUCCGGGUGGGAAGGACAAGAAACCACCACAUGGCAAGCCGGCGCCCAAUAACUACUGUCCUAAUGGGGAUGCCGCUUCAUCUCCCCAGUCAGGACAUUGCGUGCCCUCACGGCACAGCCCAGCCACGAACAUUUUGUCGGUAUCGCAUCCCGCGAGGACGUCGUGCUCCUCUGACUGCAGGAGUUCUGUCCUCCGUUCAAGCAAGGUUCAAUGUCACGUAGCAUCUCGACAUACGGAGUACCGCUUCCCUUUUUCCUCUAGUUAAUCCAGGAACAAACGACACGGGGACAGCGAGAUCGGGAAUCUGGGUC